UUAAUCAUUUCUCAUCCCUCUCUCUCCUCUUAUUUCCUCUCCUCUCCAUCAUUGAGAAAAGUACGUUUAGACAGAGCAUUAGUCUACUGCCCUACAGGUAGUCUGCGAGGGGAGGAGUAUUCAACUUGUCUCAUUCCACUCACUGUAACCGUUCAGACUUUGAAGUUGCUGUUGGACCUGAUCUACCAUUAAUUAAUGUUAAAAGGUUAAAUGAGCUGUUGAACCUGAUUUACCGUUAAAUGUUAAGUAUGCUUGGGGUGUUGAACUUACUGUUGAACCUGAUUUACUGACGGACAACUAGGAACCUGUCAAUUUUACCUAGUUAACUAAUUAACAUGCAAGCUUGGGAAAUCCAAUCAGCUCCAACAACUAGGAACCAAUCAUUACAAUAUAUCCCAGACAACUAGGAACAUCUGGAGAUACAUUCGGGUGCCACUGAUUUCACAGCUGUGCUGUAUAUAUUCUUAUCAGUAUAGUAUAAAACUUUAAGCUUCUUCAAAAUGUUCUUCUGAACAGCUUGACAGAGAUGGAAGUACCAAUUGUUAAUCUCCCACCCUUGCAAACUGUUCUGAAUCGCAUUCAUGACAGCUUUCUCAAAAUCAAUUAUAAUUGUUUCUUAAUAAUCAUAAUUGUACCAGUGUCUGCCGGACAUUGCUGGUCGAAAUAGAACUUCACCACAUUAAAAAUAUACUGGUAAGUGUCCCCUUUCUUAUCUCCAGUCAAAAUAUAAAUCAUCGGCAAACAUUUCUGGUCAAUAACAGCAUGAAUGAAACCGAUACUGUUUAUGUUCAAGUUUUAGUAUAUAUAUAUAUGUACCAGAAGUGCGGUUGUAUAUUAACAGCUAAUCAACUCUCGUACUUGUGAUUGUAUGUCUCGUAUCACUCCCAUUGCAUGCUCGGCUCACAUCCUUGGAUACGAGAACCAGCCCUUUCGGACCCGGCUCACCUUCGUUAUGUGAACACAUGCCGAGAGCUCAAACACUUCAUAAUACACAGCUAACAUCACAAAUGAUACGUCACUGAUUGGGCCAUGUGAUGUGAUACCUGUGGGAGCCUAGAAUGAGAAGUUCCUAGUUGUCGGUCACCGAUCAAAUAUUAUAUAAGCUUGAGCUGUUGAACCUGAUUUACCAUUAAAUGUUAAAUAUGCUUAAGAUGUUGAACUUACUGUUGAACCUGAUUUACCACUAAAUAUUAAAUAAGCUUGAGCUGUUGAACUUACUGAUGAGCCUGAUUAACCAUUAAAUUAUAGAUAAGCUUGAGCUGUUGAACCUGAUUUACCAUUAAAUGUUAGACAAGCUUGAGUAUUAAACUUACUGUUGAACCUGAUUAACCAUUAAAUGUUAGCCAAGCUUGAGCUGUUGAACCUGAUUUACCAUUAAAUGUUAAAAAAGCUUGAGUAUUAAACUUACUGUUGAACCUGAUUAACCAUUAAAUAUUAAAUAAGCUUGAGCUGUUGGACCUGAUUUACCAUACAUACAUACAUGCUACAUGAAGAGGUCUCCUCCUAGUCGUUGGAGUGGCCUGCAUCACACACAUCUCUUCUACGGCGUAACAUGUUUCUCCAUUCCACUCGUUUUAGAGUUUACUGUUUUACUGCGUCUCUGCUGAUGUUAUCGACACCUGUAAAGUCAGCCACAUCCUCGAAUACACAGGCCAUCGAGCCUUUGUGGGGUCGUCCUCUCAGUCUCUUUCCAUAGUUUGGUUUCCAAUCCAGUAAAAAAUUGGGAAACCGUGUCUCUGGCAUUCUGACAACAUGUCCGUACCACCUUAGUCUAGCCAAACCGAUGAAACCAUUAAAUGUUAAAUAAACUUGAGGUGUUGAACUUACUGUUGAACCUAAUUUACCAUUAAAUAUUAAAUAAGUUUGAGCUGUUGAACCUGUUUAACCAUUAAAUGUUAAAUAAGCUUGAGGUGUUGAACUUACUGUUGACCCUAAUUUACCAUUAAAUAUUAAAUAAGUUUGAGCUGUUAAACCUGAUUUACCAUUAAAUGUUAAAUAAGCUUGAAGUGUUGAAAGAGAGUAUCUUGGAGUGCAUUUAUUGACUUAGAAUCAACUUAAGUCCUGAUUAGAACGAGAGAAAUUUAAAUCAUUCCCUCCUAUGCAAGUCACGUGACUGUUUGAAGGCACUGUUUGCUUCUUUUAAGCAAGUCACGUGAGGUUGAAUAUUUUAUUGCACAGCAUUUUCUGAAGCUGACAUUUCCAGUUCCUUAGUCCGGUAUGUGAGAAGCAUGACUAAUGAUAUUGUCUGCACGUGGCUUGUGAAAUACAGUGACAUUAUUCGGAGCUGGCGUUUAAAAGAGUGAUGACUGGACUAGUCAUCCAAGUGUUGUGAUUAUCUGACUUCUCCUAUUCUAACAUUUCUAAUUCAUUUUAUUUGUUGUUACCGAUAUUAUAAUAACGCUAACCACAUUAUUUUAACCACUAUUUAACCGCUAUUUAACCAUUAUUUUAACGACGUCAUUUUACAUAGCGACGCUAACAGAAAGUUACGGGUUACAAGAGAAAGGUCGAUAUGAAGUGUGUCAUCGUUGUACUUUUCUGUCUUCUGGUAGCAGCCCAGUCUCUCCCACUCAACUUCGAAGAGAAUGAAGGUUUAAACCUAAUUGAAUUAGAAGAAAGAAGCAAGAAAGCUGCACCUGCGCCUGCACCUGCCAAAAAAGUUGUAGCAGCCAAAAAAGUUGUAGCAGCAGCCAAAAAAGUUGUAGCAGCCAAAAAACCUGCAGCAGCCAAACCAGCAACACCAGUGAAAGGAAAAGCGAAAGUAGCUGCACCUGCACCCCACAAAAAAGGGCUCCAAUUAGAAAAAAGAAACAAGAAAGCUGCACCUGCGCCUGCACCUGCCAAAAAAGUUGUAGCAGCCAAAAAAGUUGUAGCAGCAGCCAAAAAAGUUGUAGCAGCCAAAAAACCUGCAGCAGCCAAACCAGCAACACCAGUGAAAGGAAAAGCGAAAGUAGCUGCACCUGCACCCCACAAAAAAGGGCUCCAAUUAGAAAAAAGAAACAAGAAAGCUGCACCUGCGCCUGCACCUGCCAAAAAAGUUGUAGCAGCCAAAAAAGUUGUAGCAGCAGCCAAAAAAGUUGUAGCAGCCAAAAAACCUGCAGCAGCCAAACCAGCAACACCAGUGAAAGGAAAAGCGAAAGUAGCUGCACCUGCACCCCACAAAAAAGGGCAAUAAUUACAAACAAUACUGAACACGGAAAGGAAUUAACGUUGAAGACCAGAUCGCUCAAAAAGAACAUUCAUCAUUUAUUUGUUGGCAUUUACUUACCUAGGCUGAACGUUUUGUUGGAUCAUGCAGUUGUUUAAAAUUUACUCAUACUAAUUUCGGGUUUUAUUUAUCAAUUUCAGCACUAUGCACUAUAGCUAGGUAAUACAAUAAAACCUUCUGGCAGAAGCUUAAAGUAUUUUUUGAUUUCACGAUACUCACUGCAUUAACAUAUACAGCAUGGCGAUGUUUAAAUUUCGAGAUAUCAAUUUAAACUUAAAAUUAUCUGUCAGUCUUUCAAGAAUUAGAUUGUUUAGCUAAAAA